AUGGCAGCUCCACAUCAACACAACGUCGACUUUCAAGAACAUGAAGUCAUUCCAGGCACCCGACGCCUCUAUGAUGAGGAUGGUAGUACUCUGGCGAGUGAAACCUCUCUCUUGAAGCAUGGAGACAUUGUUCUUGUGCCGCAGCCGACCGAGUCACCCAACGACCCGCUCAGAUGGUCUUUGCCACGCAAAAUUUGGCACUCAUGUCUGGUGUUGUACAUUGUAGGACUGACGGCUGCGACGUCAAACAACGCCGGGUCAGGCGCGGACGGCGUCAACGAGGAGUACGGCAUUAGUUAUGACGUUUUCAACACCGGUGCUGGUGUUUUGUUCGUUGCCAUCGGGUAUUGGACCUUGCUCAGCUCACCGCUUGUCCACUUGUACGGCCGACGCCUCGGUUAUCUCAUCUCCAUGCUGGUCAACAUUGGCGGCUUAAUCUGGUAUGCUCGAAUUACCAACGUCUCCGGCGUAGUGUGGUCUCAGCUGUUCGUUGGCGCAGCUGAAUCCGUUGGAGAGGCCACAGUCCAGCUUUCGCUUCUUGACAUUUGGUUCGAGCAUCAGACAGGUAGCGUGCUUGGUAUCUAUACCUUUGCAACUGCCAUUGGAACAUACUUGGGGCCCCUUGUCGGCGCAAACAUUUCUAAUCACCUCGGCUGGAGAUGGAUCGGCUGGGUCGGUACCAUCAUCUGUGGCGUCAGUCUGUUGGUGAUUUUCUUCGGGCUUGAGGAAACCGAGUUCAACCGCGAUGGCUACUUGACUGGUAGCAGCGACCGCUAUCCAUCCGAUAGCAAUUCUCGCCGUGUUGCGGAGAAACAUGCCGACGGCUCUUUGCAAGUCAAAGAUGCUGGCUCGAAAGAAGGGCCUCAGAAACCUGGCCAGCUCACAGAAGAGCACAACACCCAUGAUCUCGAUCUCGGCCGUACAGAAACAGCUCGAAACCGCGCUUCCAGUUCUUACGCUCGGCCUAAAACGUACUGGGACCGUAUUCGUAUCAUCACCCCCGCUCCCAAUUUAGAGGGCACUGGCGCAAAGCAAUACUUCCACCGGCUCUGGCACACUCUGCGCGUCUUCACUUUCCCCGCUGUCUGGUAUGCUGGUUGGCAGUGGGGUCUUCAGAACAUCUGUCUGAGUUUCUAUCUCACAGUACAAGAAGACUGGUGGUAUGGUGAGCCGUGGAACUAUACCCCGGCUCAAGUUGGCAAUAUGAACCUGCCGACCCUCAUUGGCAGUCUUAUUGGGUGCGCCUACGGCGGUUAUGGCAGUGACAAGUUCAUGCAGUGGAUGAUCAAACGUAACAAGGGCGUGAUGGAGGCCGAGUUUCGCCUGUAUUUGAUGGCGCUGUGCACGUUGGUCUUCCCAACGGGCAUGUGGCUCUUUGGCAUUGGCUCUGCCAGGGGAUGGGAUUGGCCUGUUCCCUAUGUUGGUCUUGGCUUCAUCGGAUUCGGUUAUGGCUGUGCUGGAGAUUUGAGCUUGGCUUACCUCGCGGAUUCCUUCCCAGAGAUGGUUCUUGAGGGUAUGGUCGGCGUGGCCGUGAUCAAUAACACGAUUGCCAUGGUUUUCACCUUUGUUGCGAGCUACUGGCUCGACACUGGUAUGGAGAACUGUUUCAUCGUUCUCGGAGUUCUCAGCUUUGUUAUCAUGGGCACAAGCUUGCCCAUGAUUAUCUAUGGCAAGAGAACGCGACGCUGGGCUAAAGACAGAUACUUGAAGUUUGUGGAGAUCCGUGAUGGAUUUUCAAAGUAA